GUUUUAUCGCAUUAUUAAUGCAGUGUUAUCAAAAACGAGCUUAUUUAAGUCGAAUAAGACGAAACGGUAGUUACGUAUGCACCACAUUGUAAAUUUAUGAAAAAAAAAUCCCUUUUAAAUAUUGGAAAAAAUGGAAAUCUAAGCGUAUUUGAGGAGUCUUUCACGCGCACCCUAACCACCCCCAUUGUUUAAAAAAAUCGCCAAAACUGUUAUCACUGAUUAUUGCGUCGACCUUUCCUAUGCAUUUCGCAGCACAGGCGCAUUUCCACCCUCACAGACCACCCUUGCGAUCAAUAAUCCAAGUGCGCUUUCCAGAAAGUAGCAAUGUUCCGCGAUUCCAAAAAUCCGUGUGUUUAAUUUCGUUUACCGAUGUUUUAAACAAUAAAAUACUCAUGAAAGUCCAAGAAAUAAUCGAGGGCGGCAAUAACGCCAUGGAACAAGAAAUGGCGGGGGCGCAAGACACGAUUUACCUUUGCAAUUUUCGCGUCUCGGUUGAUGGCGAAUGGCUCUGUCUGAAAGAACUCCAAGACGUCGAGUUCAAUAUGCAAGACUCCAUCACUCAACCCCUUUCCACGCCAUCCCCGGACGUCCCCGUCCAACCUUUCGGUCGCGAUCCCGUGGUCAUAGAACGCAGCAAUUUGGUCAACAUAAGCAAAUUAGUCGUCAAAGAACUGAUAGAACAGAGUUUGAGAUAUGGACGAAUGUUGGACUCGGAUCACAUGCCUCUCCAGCAUUUUUUCAUAGUACUAGAACACGUUUUGAGGCACGGUUUGCGGCCUAAAAAGGGACUCCUUGGUCCGAAAAAAGAACUUUGGGAUAUUUUACAAAUGGUGGAGAAGUACGCUCCGGAAGCGCAGGAUAUCACGGCAAGUGUCCGCGAUUUACCGACUGUUAGGACACACAUGGGACGAGCUAGAGCCUGGCUAAGACUCGCCCUCAUGCAGAAAAAACUCGCCGAUUAUCUGAAAGUCCUAAUUGAUCAUAAAGACGAGGCACUUGUUGAGUAUUUCGAACCGGAUGCUUUGAUGUUGAGCGAUGAAGCUAUUGUGAUAAUAGGGCUUUUGGUCGGGUUGAAUGUCAUCGAUUGUAAUUUAUGUGUGAAAGAAGAAGAUUUAGAUUGUCCACAGGGUGUUAUAGAUUUUUCCCUUUAUCUGAGAUCCUCGAAUCACGUCUCAAGCGACUCAAGUAACGAUGAGCAAGGUGAUAAUAUGACAACGGUGCUAGAUCAGAAAAAUUAUAUCGAGGAACUCAAUCGACACCUCAAUGCAACUGUCACGAAUUUGCAAUCCAAAGUCGAGUCAUUGACCACAAUGAAUGCACUAAUGAAAGAAGAUUUAGCUAUUGCCAAAAAUAGUUUAUUAGCUUUGUAUGAAGAAAACCGGCAGUUGAAACAAGAACUAGGGAAAGACGUUAGUGGCUAUUGUAUGAGUUCCAGUGGAGUCCAAAUCACGAAUGUCGAGGCCGAAAACAAUAGAAAAGCGGUUGUGACCGGCGAAGUCGAGGAAUUGAAACAGCGACUAGACGAGGAGAGGAAAUUGAGACAAGAAUCCGACAAGGAACUCGAGCUCCAGAUGUGCCUAAAGGCCGAGAUGGAGGUGGCAAUGAAGCUCCUCGAGAAAGAUAUCCACGAGAAGCAAGACACAAUCGUGUCGCUCCGCCGCCAACUCGACGACAUCAAACUCAUCAAUUUGGAAAUGUACAAGAAGUUGCAGGAAUGCGAAGCAUCUUUAAAACAUAAGUCGGAACUUGUAACCAAGUUAGAAGCUAAGGCACAGUCAAUGACAGAUACAAUGCAAACACUUGAACUUAAAUUCAGGGAAAGCCAAGCAAAUCGUGCAACUGCCGAACUUUUAAAACGAGAAUUAGACGUCCAAGCGGCACAACACGAAGAACAAACAUCGAAUGUCGAAGGCGAUCUUAAGGUCGAACGCGAGUGGCGGAUAUCACUCCAGGAGACGAUGCAGCAAGACCGGGAGCGCAUUUCCAAACUUCAAACCGAAAUAAGCCAAUUAAAAAUUAUAGCGCAAAAAUACGCAACGCUUCAAGAAGAGUAUUAUAAUCUCAAAGACAAGUGCCUGGAACAGGAACAGACUUUGGAAGAAUUAGGAACGCAGUUGAGCAAAUCGAAAUUGCAAAUUUCCGAUUUGAAGGAAGAGGCAAGUCGGAGCAGAACCGACGGUGCGUGGGUGCAAGACAAAACAGCCACACAUUGCAAAGCUUGCAGUAAAGAAUUUAAUUUAACGCGAAGAAAGCACCAUUGUAGGAAUUGUGGCGAUAUUUUUUGUAAUUCCUGUUCCGAUAAUUCUAUGUCAUUACCGUCGUCAGCAAAACCGGUACGAGUUUGUGAUGACUGCCACACAAUGCUAAUGGGAAAAUAUACUGUGAUGUAAUUUAUUGUCCUAAAGAGAUAUUUUUAUGAUGUACAAAAUAUUUUAAUACUUAUGUAUAAUAACAUUACUUUAUUAAAGCGUCGUCUGCGUUGAUUGACAGUAAUAAAGUCUGGGCAAUAGGCCAAAAUCGUGAACUUGUCAAAAUGGUAAAUUCCGGUAGAUGACGCGCGCGUCACGCUCUAAAGGAAACUGUAAUUUGUGAAAUUUGAAAAUUUACAGGAAAUUAAAUGUUAUAAUUGUUGACACAUUUAAUAAAAUAUUGAUCUGUCACACAACUUACACAUUUUUUCAGCUUAAGAAGCGCAUUAUCAAUAUCAUUACAUUAUAUUUUUUAAAAUGCCAAGUAUCCGAACUUGCUGUGUUCCAAACUGUGGGCAAGGGGAGAAAGAGGAUGUUAUUUUACAUCAAUUUUCAAAAAGUAGAAAUCGAAAAAACGAAUGGCUUAAGUGAAUAUUUGGUACCAUCUUCAAUAUACCCCCAAAUUCCGUGAUUUGUGGAAAACACUUUGAAAUAACGAGCUAUUACAAAACAAAACAUUGUUACCAAUUGCAGUUCCAUCCUUGGUCUUGAAUUAUAAAAGAAUUACUCGUUUUCAGGUAAUCUCUACCACUUCCAUUAAUUCAGAACGCAAGCCGUUAGAAACGCCUGCACUGUGUAUCCAAUCAUUUGACAGAAAUUAUAUAAUUUCAAGUCCAUUUCGAAUUGAUUUUGAUCAACAAAGCGAUUUAAAAGUAGGUGAUACUCAUGAUUUUGAUUUAAAAAAUGUUUCAGAUGCAAUAAGUUCGGAAAAAAAAAUUGUCUUACUAGAUAAAAUUCAAAA